GAGUGAGGACUCUUCUUCCUGGUGGUCCUCCCAGGACCAGAAGAGGACUGAACAGACCUGGGAGUGGGAGUACUUGGCUUGGCCCUGACCACUGAAACCCACCCUCUGUUGCUCCACUCUGCAGUGCAGCGUGAGGCUUGGUCCCCAGGAGUCCAGGUCCCAGGAUAAAAAAGACUUUGAGACACAGAGGGUCUCCUAACAAAAGCAGAGAUGGACAGCAGAACUGAGGAGAAACUAGCCCAGUGCUUGAAAGAAAUGAAGAAAGAGGAACUGAGGAGGUUCCUGCAUCAGUUGUCUCAUAAAGAACCCCACAGUCUCUCUACCAGUGAAGUCCCUUCUCAACUACUGAAAUUAGAUGCUAUGGAGGUGGCCUCACACUUGGUGUCACAGUAUGGGGAACAAAAGGCCUGGGACCUGGCCCUCCACACUUGGGAGCAAAUGGGCCUAGGAGAUCUGAGAGCCAAGGCCCAGAAAGAAGUCAUCUUGAUGCCAGAAAACAGAGGAAGACACCAGGACCAAAGCAACCCCACACAGUCACUGGAAACAGAGGAUUUAUACAAAACAUUCACACAGCUGCUACUUCUACACAGAUCUCACCAAGAAGGUCUGAUCCAGAGGAACCUAUCUGGUGAGAUGAUGGAUGAGCCAAGACAGUUUACUGAGAUUGCACACUUAUUUGAUUUAGACCCAGGUGCCCAGAAAACAUCUCUCACUGUCCUGCUGUGUGGGGAAGCUGGAGUGGGCAAGUCUACACUGGCCAGGCAGGUGAGGGCAGCCUGGGGGGAAGGCCACCUGUUUAGGGACCGCUUCCAGCAUGUCUUCUAUAUCAAGUGCGGAGAACUAGACAAGUUCUCCUUAAUGACUCUCGCUGAACUUAUCCAAAAACACUCAGCUGCCCCAGUGACUCCCAUUGAAAAGAUCCUGUCUCAGCCAGAGCAGCUGCUUUUCAUUCUGGAUGGGUUGGAUGAUCACAGAAAGAUCUGGGAGGAGCAGAGUUCUAACUCUUAUCUGCAUUGGCACCAGAGGAGUCAGGUGCACAUACUACUGAAAAGUUUGCUGGAGAAGACUAUUCUUGCUGAGUCAUGCUUACUGAUCACAGUUCGAACCAUAGUUAUGGAGAAUCUCAUUCCUCUUUUGGAAAACGUACAUUGUGUAGAGGUCCUGGGCUUCUCUGAGUCAAACAGAAAGGACUAUUUCUACAAGUAUUUCACAGAGGAAAGUCAAGCAAGGAGAGCCCUUAGUGUGGUAGAAUCAAACCCAGCCCUCUGGACCCUGUGCCUCGUGCCCUGGGUGUCCUGGCUGGCAUGCACCUGCCUGAAGCAGCAGAUGGAGCAGGGACAGGAACUCUCACUGACAUGCCAGACCACCACGGCCCUCUGCCUGCAGUUCCUGUCCCAGAGUCUGCCAGAUAAGUCAUUUGGAGCUCAUCUGAGGAGCUUGUGCUCUCUGGCUGCUGAGGGCACCCAGCGAGGAUAUACAAGAUUCACUGCCUUGGAUCCCAUUAAGCACAACCUAGAUGACACUGUCAUCUCCACUCUUUUAAAGAUGGAUGUUCUCCAACAGCACCCCACCUCUCUGAACUACAGCUUCACUUGCCUGUGCUUCCAGGAGUUCUUUACAGCCAUGUACUGUGUGUUGGAAGAUGGCAGCAAGAAAGUGGAUUUUUCCAACAUCAUCAGAACUGCAGAGAAUUUGCUGUCAAUCUAUGGGUGGUAUCUAAUGUUCAGGGCACCAACUAUGAGAUUCCUAUUUGGCCUUCUGAGUGAGCAAGGGAUGAGAGCAGUGGAGAGCCUCUUCAACUGCACACUGUCUCCAACGUGGAAGUGGGAUCUACUGAAGUGGACCCAAGAGGUCUACCGAAGGCAUUCCCCCACGUAUCUAAACUCCCCGCAUUUACUUCACUGUCUGUAUGAAAUUCAGGAUGUGCAGAUCCUGGUACAGGCAAUGCUCCAUUUCAGAGUAACCAAGAUACUUCUCCAAAAUGACCUGGACCUUUUGGUGUUUAUGUUCUGUAUUAAAUUCUCCUGCCGCAUAGAGACACUUCAGUUGAAGAUGGGUGGACAGUAUGUACAAACUAGGAGGCCCUCCGGUGUAGCUCUGUUCACUGGGGUCCCAGUCACAGAUGCCUGGUGGCAGGAUCUCUUCUCUGCUGGCAGGCUCAUGAAGAGCCUGAAGGAACUGGACCUCAGUGGAAACUUUCUGAGCAAUUCUACAAUGCAGAGUCUCUGUAAUGCCCUGAAAUCCCCUCUGUGCCACCUGGAGACCCUGUGUCUGGAGAACUGUGGCCUCACAUCAGGCUGCUGCAAGUACCUGGCCUCUGUGCUCAGAUCCAGCUCCAGCCUGAAAGAGCUAAACCUGCAGAAGAAUGACCUGUACAACCUGGGUGUGAAGCUGCUCUACGAGGCCAUCAGUCUUCCUUCCUGCCAGCUCAGGUCCCUGUGGUUGGACCAGGCCCAGUUGAGUGAGGGGAUGAUAAAGAUGCUGAAGGACCUGAAGGAGACGAAGCCUCUGCUACACAUCGAAGACAGAUGGUUGAUAGAUGCAUCAAUACAACCUACGAGUCCCAGAAAACCGGUGAAAGAUACCUUCUCUUCGCUCGAGUUUCAGAGUUCAGAAUCAGAGGAAAUCUCCUCACAAAUAGAACAGAUGAAAUCUUCCUGUCUGGAUGCUCCUGCCCCUCCAGGAAGCCAGCACAUGAAGCCUAUUGAAGAUGGCUUCUGGGGUCCCAUGGGUCCUGUAGCUACAGAGCUGGUGGACAAGGAGAGGAGUUUGUACCGAGUUCACUUCCCCAUACCUGGCUCUUACCACUGGCCUAACAUAGGUCUUCACUUUGUGGUGAAAGGGUCAGUGACCAUUGAGAUUGAAUUCUGUGACUGGAAACAGUUCUUGGAUAAGAUUGUCCCACAGGAGAACUGGAUGGUGGCUGGACCUCUGUUUGACAUCAAGGCAGAGCCAGGAACUGUGGCUGCUUUGUACCUUCCUCACUUUGUGUCCUUUCAAGGGGGACAUGUGGACACCUCCCAGUUCCGUGUGGCCCACUUCAAAAUGGAAGGGAUGGUCCUGGAGCAGCCUACCAGGGUGGUACCCUGUUACACGGUUCUGGAGAACCCUGGCUUCUCCCCCAUGGGAGUUCUACUGAGAAUGUUCCCAGUCACCCGGAACUUCAUCCCCAUCACCACCAUCGUGUUGCUCUACCAUAAACCCCAUCCUCAGGAUGUCACCUUCCACCUCUACCUGAUCCCCAAUGACGGUGCCAUUCAGAAGGCCAUAGAUAAUGAUGAAUCUCUGUCCCAGUUUGUGCGAAUACGUAAGCCACCUCCACUGAUGCCUCUCCACGUGGGUUCCCACUAUACUGUGUCUGCCUCACAGCAGCUGCAUAUCAACUCCCCGGAACUGAAACUUUGCUACAGAAGCCCCAGAGAAGCCCAGCUCUUCUCUGAGAUCUAUGUUGACCAAAUGGGGUCAGGGAUCAUUCUGAAAAUAAAAAGCAAGAAAGAUGGGACAACAGUGUGGGAGACCUUGGUGAGACCAGGAGAUCUCAGGCCUGCUGGUGCCCUAGAUCCUCCAUUUCCAUCAGUCUCAGCGUCAACACCAGAUGCCAGAAACGUGAUGCGUUUCUUGGAGCAGAAUCGGAACAAUCUGGUAACUCGAGUGACAACAGUGGACCCUCUCCUGGACAAGCUCCUUGGACCAGUGCUAAGCGAAGAGGAGUACAAGAUGGUGCAGGCUGAGGACACCACACAGAAACAGAUGCGCAGAUUGUUCAGCUUCAGUCCAGCCUGGGACCUGGCCUGUAAAAAUUGCUUUUUCCAAGCCCUGCAGGAGACCCAUCCUCACCUAAUUGGGGAACUUUUGGAGAUGGGUGGCACGGGCUUCUGACAACCGUGGAGGCUGACAGAUGAGCACUGGCUUAUGGCCUGACCACUUUGGCCUGACCACUCUCUUUCUCUCUUUUUUUUCCCCCUUCAGUUUCUUCUAAAUAAGUUCCCAUCUGUAUUACCUUCUGCAGUGGAAUUUUGAUGAUGCUUUGGCUGGACAGGCAUCACCACUGAGUGGGUGACAGCACUUGGCCAAUCUCAUCCUCCCACCACCCUCCCAAAGAGAACAGAAUAGUUUAAUACCCAAACAUCAGUAGAAUUGAGGGGGAAGUCCCAAACCUGUGGCAUCAGUCAAGUUAAUCUUAAACACAUGCAGAAGUGCCACCUUCUAGGCCGAAGGACCUUUUUGCUCAGGACACAUAAGCUAGUAUGUUCCAUGCAUGAAGCUGAACCAGUUGAAUUGUUGUGAAAUGAGUGUUCUGAACUUCUCCUUCCCACUCUUAAAAUGGACUUUAGCAGGGGCCAAGCAGUGACAUGCCUGGUAGAGCACACAUGUUAUAGUUGCAAAGACCCAAAUUCAAGUCCCUGAUCCCCACCUGCAGGGAGAAAGCUUCAUGAGCAGUGACACAGUGCUGCAGCUCUCGCUCUCUCUCUUCCUCCCUACCUCCCCCUUCCUUCUCUAUAUAAUUUCUGUCUCUAACCAAUAAAUAAGUGAAUAAAUAAAUAAAUAAGAUUGGAGCCUAGCUAGAGACCUCUACUUUGAGGAUGUUAUUUUCCCUAUUCCUGGUCAAUGGUGUUUUUUCGUCCCAUGUAGAAUUAGCCUAUGAAGGAAACAUGAAAUUUUCUGAAUUAGGUAUGAGAACUAUGGCUUUCCACUUCCGAAGGCCAGAAAAGUUGGAAAAAAUCAUCAUUCUGCCUUAACAAAUUCCAUACCAGCUGCUGUCCUAGUGGUUUUCUGAUCAAUGUAGCAGUUACAGGGCAGCAGCUGAAUUUUAUGCCCUCUGUUUUUAUGGGGAAAUAAAUAUUUAUAGAAAUAAUAAUUAUGGGAAGCCAGGUGGUAGCACACCUGCUUGAGCACACCUGUUACCAUGCACAAGGACCUGGGUUCAAGUCCUCAGUCCCUGCCUGCAGGCAGGAAGCUUUACUUGGUGAAACAGGUCUUCCUUCUCUCUCCCUUUCUAUCUCACCCUUCCUUCUCAAUUUCUCACUGUCCUACAAGAAAUAAUAUAAAAAAUAAAAAUUGAAAAUGUUAAAAAUAGAAAUGA